CAAGCCUAUGUGUACUAGCGCACUAAACAGUGUGUAAGGAUAGUAUGCUAGACACAGUGAAGUAUUAUAUUAGCAUACUGUUUACUACAGUAGUGUGCUGUCUCCGACACCGCUACAGUACAAACUCGUGUUUAGUGUAAGGAACAUGAAGUAGGGUACAUUUUGAGGAUUUCUGUUGACAGUUGUGGCGCAGUUUCUUUCUUUGGAGUAUGACGGUUAGAUAUAAAAUUUCACGAUAUGACGUGGAUAAAGGAUAAAGUGAAAUGGGAAGGUGACCGUCACGUGACUCGCACGCGCUGUGUACAUUAUCUGUAGCGGGAGACACCUGAGUGCAGUUUGAGGAUAAAAACUUACAGUUAAAACUUACAAUUCACCACCCGAUUUGCUGACAUUUUAUUAACUGUUUAUUAACUUAUUCAUUUCUUGAUAGGGUUAGACAGCUCUUGGUUCGCUCUGUAGGGAAGUAAGUACUAUAAUGUUUGUAGUCAGAGCCAGGACUUUCCUGUAAUGGCCCAUAGACGCGCAUCAGUGUUGCUGCUAAGGGCUCGCCAUGUCCUGCGCUUUUCCCGGCACGCGGCGGUUCCUGUGAGCACGCGCCCCAUUUCCGCCUCACAGUCCAUCUUCCCACAUGUUCCUGCUUCUUCCAGUCAUUUCUACAGUAGUACCACUGCAGGUCAGAGCAGUUUCUCCAUCCGAAGUCACCUCUGUGGAGAGCUGAGCUCCAGUCUCGUGGGACAGGAGGUUACAUUAUGUGGCUGGGUUCAGUAUCUGAGACAGGAUCUGUUUGUGAUCUUGAGGGACUUCAGUGGUUUGGUUCAAGUUCUCAUCCCACAGGAUGAGUCUCAGCGGGAGCUGAAGGAUGCGUUCUGUGGUUUAUUGGUCGAAUCAGUCAUCAAGGUGAAAGGAAGAGUCAGGCUUCGUCCAGAGGGCCAGAAGAAUACGAACAUGUCCACUGGAGAAAUCGAAGUGUGUGCCGAGAGCCUGGAAGUGUUGAACACCUGCCGCAAACUGCCUUUUGAGAUUAAAGACUUUGUCAAGAAAUCAGAAGCUCUCCGGAUGCAGUAUCGCUAUCUCGAUCUUCGCUCAUCUCAAAUGCAGUACAAUCUGAGACUGCGAUCACGACUUGUGAUGAAAAUGAGAGACUACCUUUGCAAUGUACAUGGUUUUGUGGACGUGGAGACCCCAACUCUGUUUAAAAGGACCCCUGGGGGUGCCAAAGAGUUUGUGGUGCCAUCUGGAGAACCGGGAAUGUUCUUCUCUCUCCCACAGAGCCCGCAGCAGUUCAAGCAGCUUCUGAUGGUGGCAGGUCUGGAUAGGUACUUUCAGCUGGCACGCUGCUACAGGGACGAAGGCUCCAAACCUGACAGGCAGCCUGAAUUCACCCAGGUGGACAUUGAGAUGUCUUUUGUGGAUGCGGCUGGAAUCAUGGCUCUGAUUGAGGGCUUGUUGGAGUACUCCUGGCCAGAAGACAAAGGGACAAUCAGUACCCCCUUCCCUUGCUUGACAUACGAGGAAGCCAUGAGAGAUUAUGGAGUGGACAAACCCGACACUAGAUUUGGAAUGAAGCUUGUGGAUGUUAGCGAGACGUUCCAGCACACACAGAUUGAGUUCAUCAGGGACGCCAUCGUCCAACCAGGCGGCUGUGUCCAGGCCAUCUGUGUUCCAGACGGAGCUAAACACUUGAAGGGCAAGGACAUGGAGUUCUUGAAACAAGCAGCCAAAACUCAGUUCAACCAGGAGGUGGACUGCAUGCUGGUUAGGGCAGAGGGAUCCAUCAAAUCUCCUCUUGGUCGCUUGAUACCAGACACAACAAGGCUACAGCUGCUGCUGAAGAUGAGGGCCAACGCCGGAGACCUGCUCCUCAUUGCUGCCGGAGCCCAGGAGCGGGUGCGUCCACUUCUGGGGAAACUGAGAUUGCAGUGUGCUGAGCUGUUGGAGGGUCGCGGUGUGCCUGUACGUGACCCUGCGGCCUUUCACUUCCUGUGGGUGGUGGACUUUCCCCUCUUUUUACCUAAAGAGGAUGAACCGGAGCAACUGGAAUCAGCACACCACCCCUUCACCGCACCCAUUCCCGAGGAUGCCCACCUGCUCUACACCCAGCCCCACAAGGUGCGUGGCCAACACUACGACUUGGUGCUGAACGGCUGCGAGGUCGGUGGCGGCUCCAUCCGCAUUCACAAUGCCGCUCAGCAGAUCUAUGUCCUGGAGAACAUCCUCAAAGAGGACCCGUCUCUCCUCUCUCACCUUUUGGAGGCUUUGGACUCCGGGGCCCCUCCACAUGGCGGGAUUGCAUUAGGUUUGGACCGGCUGGUGUCCAUCAUCGUGGGGGCUUCCAGCAUCAGGGAUGUCAUCGCCUUCCCCAAGUCCUUCAGAGGUCAUGACCUCAUGAGCCACGCCCCCAGUUUGUUGCCAGAGGAGGAGCUGAGGCCAUACCACAUCUCAGUGCUCUGGCCUAGUGCUAAAAAUGGACAGGGUGACAAACCCUGACUCUUCCACUGUAUAUCAUCUUCCUGAAACUUCUUGUACCUUGACUCUCUUUGUGAAGAGAGGUAAGAGCAGGAAGCCAACUCCAUUUCAUGGAGAACUAGAGAAACACUGAGCAAUCUCAGAGCUAUCAAACCACUUUUUCUGUUAACCACCCUCUUCAGAUUUCUGUAACAUCUGUACUCAUGUGAACAUUAAAGACAUUUAUUCUUCUCCUUCA